AUGAAUAAGUUUUGUAAAAUACUUAUAAUUAAUUCCAGUCUUGUUAGUUUAUUACUUAUUAUAGCUUAUAUAUCUAUUAUUAAGUUAAGAAUUGAAUAUAAGUAUAAGAAUAGUGAUGAAUUAAAUAAUAUGUUAGAUGAAUUUCUUACUAAGCAACAUGUAAAUUCCUUAUAUCAAUAA